AUGUCAAAGCUCUCUCGUUCUCAAGCUGAGCAAAGGCAAACUCAGCUCAAUGCUUCAAGACAGUGUCCGCCAUUUGGAGACGCCUGUCCCGCUCAUGCUCGAGGUCGUCGCGUAACGCAAGAGUUACACGAUCAAAGAGGCUUUCGGGGACAAACGCUCCCCCACGAUAGUUUGGAGAGCGUCUUCCCUUCUCCUCUACCUCCUUUGGAGGACUCUCGCGGUGACCAGCGCUAUCUGAUUGAGCAGCUGUUUAACCACCGCGAUGUGGACGGCGUCGGACGAGUUAACUCGUCCGGUGGCGCAGCUAUCCCCCGUCCUUUGAUACUUGGGAGCCCCGCUCCCAACUGA